ACUCGGCCCGUUACAGACGUUUUGUGUUCAUAUGGAUUUCGUGUGAUUUCUUUAAAACAAAGUAAAUAUAUAUAAAUUAUCCGUUGUAGAGUUUGUUGUUGCGGUUUGACCAAGAAUCCGUUCUUUAACUUUGUAUCUUUUCAUCCUAUUAAAAUACGUUAUCAUCUCCUGUGUUAGUUGGCUAGCUUCAAGCUAACAACAGCUAACGCUGUUUUGAUUAUUUACAUGAAGACUGACGUCGUUAAAACUUAAAAACCGGUGACUGAUUUGGUGGUUAGAGUUUAUCUUUAUUUGUCCUAAAGUCAAGACCGGUUUGAUGGUUAUAAUUUAUCGAUAUUUAUUGUAAAGCUGCGAUUUGUUUGCUGGUUAUAUAGUUUGUCAGUAUUUAUUGUGAAGUCGUGGCUGUAGUUUAUCUAUUUAUUAUAAAUUUGUGGCUGGUUUGGUGGUUGUAGUUUAUGAUAUUUGUUGUGAAGUCGUGGCUGUAGUUUAUCUGUAUUUAUUGUAAAUUUGUGGCUGGUUUGGUGGUUGUAGUUUAUGAUAUUUGUUGUGAAGUCGUGGCUGUAGUUUAUCUGUAUUUAUUAUAAAUUUGUGGCUGGUUUGGUGGUUGUAGUUUAUGAUAUUUGUUGUGAAGUCGUGGCUGUAGUUUAUCUGUAUUUAUUGUAAAUUUGUGGCUGGUUUGGUGGUUGUAGUUUAUGAUAUUUGUUGUGAAGUCGUGGCUGUAGUUUAUCUGUAUUUAUUAUAAAUUUGUGGCUGGUUUGGUGGUUGUAGUUUAUGAUAUUUGUUGUGAAGUCGUGGCUGUAGUUUAUCUGUAUUUAUUGUAAAUUUGUGGCUGGUUUGGUGGUUGUAGUUUAUGAUAUUUGUUGUGAAGUCGUGGCUGUAGUUUAUCUGUAUUUAUUGUAAAUUUGUGGCUGGUUUGGUGGUUGUAGUUUAUGAUAUUUGUUGUGAAGUCGUGGCUGUAGUUUAUCUGUAUUAUAAAUUUGUGGCUGGUUUGGUGGUUGUAGUUUAUGAUAUUUGUUGUGAAGUCGUGGCUGUAGUUUAUCUGUAUUUAUUGUAAAUUUGUGGCUGGUUUGGUGGUUAUAGUUUAUGAUAUUUGUUGUGAAGUCGUGGCUGUAGUUUAUCUGUAUUUAUUGUAAAUUUGUGGCUGGUUUGGUGGUUGUAGUUUAUGAUAUUUGUUGUGAAGUCGUGGCUGUAGUUUAUCUGUAUUUAUUAUAAAUUUGUGGCUGGUUUGGUGGUUGUAGUUUAUGAUAUUUGUUGUGAAGUCGUGGCUGUAGUUUAUCUGUAUUUAUUGUAAAUUUGUGGCUGGUUUGGUGGUUAUAGUUAAUUGUUAGUUGUAAAGUCACAUCUGCCUUUUUCCGGACCGCCUCCAUUGUGUCUGUGGAGCUUCAUAGCUCUUGGUACUGGAACCAAUGCGUGGGAUGAUGGGGACUCAGAGUAGUCCUGUCAAGAGUUAUGAUUAUCUCCUCAAGUUUCUUUUGGUUGGAGACAGUGAUGUUGGAAAAGGGGAGAUUCUGGACAGUCUGCAGGACGGCUCGGUGGAGGCUCCUUACGCCUACAGCAGUGGGAUUGAUUACAAAACUACCACAAUCCUGCUGGAUGGGAGAAGAGUUAAGUUGGAGUUAUGGGACACGUCGGGACAGGGCAGAUUCUGCACCAUCUUCAGGUCUUACUCACGCGGGGCACAGGGCAUCCUACUUGUGUAUGACAUCACUAACGGUUGGUCAUUUGAUGGCAUUGAUCGAUGGAUCCGGGAAAUUGAUGAGCAUGCCCCGGGUGUGCCCAGGAUCUUAGUGGGAAACCGGCUUCACCUGGCGUUUAAGCGACAGGUUCCGACGGAGCAGGCGAGAGCGUACGCAGAGAAGAACAGCAUGACGUUCUUUGAGGUCAGCCCGCUGUGCAACUUCAAUGUCAUCGAGUCCUUCACAGAACUGUCACGCAUCGUGCUGAUGAGGCAUGGAAUGGAGAAAUUCUGGAGGCCCAACAGAGUCUUCAGCCUCCAGGAUCUUUGCUGCCGUUCCAUCGUUUCCUGUACGCCCGUGCACCUCAUUGACAAACUGCCGCUUCCUGUGGCCAUCAAGUCUCAUCUCAAGUCCUUCUCAAUGGCCAACGGCAUGAACGCCGUGAUGAUGCACGGACGCUCGUACUCUGUGGCACACAGUGCAACAGCGGGUGGUGGCGGAAGCAAAGGAAAUAGUCUGAAACGCUCAAAGUCCUUCAGGCCACCCACACAGUCCACCGAAGAGCUCGUCCUCGUCUUCCUCCAAGGGAAACUGUAAGAUAUCAUAGCGGCCAGCAGGUGCCGCCAAGAACCCCUGUUCAUCUGGCGUUGCUCCAAGAGGUCGGACAUCCAGAGCAGAGCGUGGAGCGCUGCCAGCACUCGUUCUGGUCGUCUUUGGACCCGCUGGUGCCGUCUUAUGAUGUUUGUCUGCCUGUGACCUGACUACAGAUGCCGGUGAGGACCAUCAGUCACCUUUUAAACACUACACGUCAGCACGGCAACGUGCGCCCGCGUCAUGGAAAACCUUUCAUAUUUAAGUUGGAUUUGUAAAUACUCCAUCUGUGUGUUUGUCCAUAUUUAGUGAUUGUUCAAGAGUUCAGACUUCUGAUGCUCCUGCUGAAUGUUUCUCACAUCUUCAUGUGAAUUAGAAGAUGAUUUGGGGGUUUUAUACCUGUUAUGAUUUUACAAAAUUACAGCAACUUCAAGGCUGUGGAGGAAUAAAGAAACAAAAACAAAUCUAAUAAAAUGUUUAAUUAGGAUAUAAUUUAAAGUAGGUUUGUGAGGAUUUGUCACUUUGUUUUAUUGAACUUUAACAAAGGAUGACUGGAUUCCAGCUGCACAACUAAAUGAAUCACAGAUUAUUUUCACAGUUGAUUGUUUUUUUAGUUUAGUCUUCUUUGACAACAGCCUGAAUAUGUUUGGGUUUGCGGACAAAAGAAGACAUUUGAGUACUCGUUUUUGAGCUUUGGAACACUGACAUUUUUCACCGUACCAUAGAAUUACCCCAAACAACUGAUUGAUUAUGGAGAAUAGUGACAUUUAUCAAAUACAAACUUAUCAUUAGGUGUAACCCCAGGCUGGACAAUUUAAAAUGUUUUUAAAUGGCUUCCAACUGGUUAACAGCUUAUUUUUGUAUUUUAUAACUGCUCCAAAGUGAAACAUCUUAAAAUGUUAAAUAUGCCUGUCUGGUUGUAAACUUCAAAAAAUUUCUAUAUCAAGGACACAAUGAUUUAAAUGACUUAAAGCAUUUUAAAAGCCAACAUUUGCCAUUCAAACUGGCUACAUUUUUAAAAUUGACUGAGAAACAAAAAUAAUUUUAAAUUAAUUUAAGGCAUCACUCUGAAAUAAUUUUUUAAAAACUUUCCAUUUUACUAAAAAAAAAUUUUUUUUAACAAAAUAUAGUGAGAUUAAGUGAUAAUAAAAUCCUAAACAGUUCUGGUUCACAGAUUCAGACAGUUGUGGUGCAGAUGAUUUUGGGGUCACUAAUUGAGAGCGACAUGCUAAUGUUUUACAGAAGCAUUUAAGCUUCAUCUUUAAAUCUUUUUCAUCAGUUGGGUUUUUGGACCAAUAAUGGAAUCAGGUUCUGCUGCUGAGGCUUUGUACAAACAGAAGUUUCGGUGGGCAGCGUUUUGCCUUCAUCACGUGUCUUUUGGAACCUUGCUGUGAUGCACAUCUCAAAUCCUGAAAGGUCACGAGGUCACAGUGAGAUAUUGUGUAAAUUAAUGUAUUUAUGAAUGUAAAACUAUUAAUGGACUUUUCUGUGGUGGACGUUCGAGUGAGAGGUGGAAACCAUCGCUCCUUUUCUGAGUUCAGAACGUAACAUUUUGCUGCUUAAAACCAUUUAAAGGUUUCUCCAGAAUGUAAAAUAGAGUUACGACUGAUUAAAAAAAAUGUUUGUUUUUUUUUAAGUUACAAAUAUAAUACUGCAAUAUUCAUUGGAUUAAAAAUGGCACAUAUCUAAAAUGCUAUAUUUUUUCCCACUUUGGAUAAAAAUUCAGAUUGUGAGGGAAAAACAAAUCCAGCUGGGAGGAUCUUGUAGGACAUUUAUUCCCAUGAUGCUUUGGUGUUUCUUGUGCCAAACUCACUUUUCACCUAAACUUUUACCUCCUUACAGUUUGCCUUUGGUACCAGUGAUGCAUCAUGGGAUUAAACAUCAGAAAAGUCCUUAAAGACGCCCCGACCUGAUCAGAUUUCAGAUCCAUUUUUUUAAACACUGGAAGAUAAUUUAAACUUAAAAAAAUAACCUCCAAUGAUCAAGUUACAAGAACCUUGUCAGAUGAACUUUUAAAUUUUAUGAACAUUUUAUUGUUAAAAAAAAACAGUUUGGUUUUCUCACUGUUAUUUUUUAUUUUUUUUUUCUCCUAAUGAAUCAGUUUCUGGAGGCUUUACUCUGGAAUUGUGUUGUUUCCACCUCUGACUAACCUGUAGGGGAAAACAGGGCACAGUGAAUCAGUAGCUAUAUCUGCAAAACUUCAUAUAUAUUUACAGCAGUUAUGCCAUAUUUUUAUGCAUAAAGACAUCACCCCUUAUAAAUGAGUGUUUUGUUUUGGAUACAUUAAGGGUAAAACAAAGUGGCAAGUGAAGUCAGUUUUUUCCUAUCAAAAGUAAAUUUGUGGAUGUCAGUGUCUUGUAUUUAUUUCUCACAACAGAGGAAAAGUGGCCCAAAAACUUUGUUCUUAGAAGACGACCCCGUCCAACUGAUGAGCAUGUGUUAUGUCUUCUCCAGACUAUCAGCUAUUUGAUCACAUGACUCGUGGGGCACAGUGAAUCAGUCCAGAAAGUGAUUCACUAAGCCCCACCAUCAAGUGGAUGACAAAUAUUACUUGUUGAAGCUUAUACAUUUAUUUUUCCAUGAAUUACUUCUAUAAUUUGUGUAUUUAAACAACUGUUUUCACAUUUGAACAG